AGUACUACAGCAAAGGCAAACAGGAGGUUCAACAUCCGAUCUUCAUCUUGGUCGUGGUACCAUCAACAUUCAACAAGAAUUAGAAAAGGAGAAAAAAUCCGAGUCCAUCCUUGGAGCUUUGUUGCAGGAGAUUCAGGGGUUGAAGCGGAGAGGAGAUGGCGUUGUAGGAAAUGAUGCUAACGGUGCUGGACCUGCAGCUGCACCUGACC